AUGGUUGGCACAAUCAGUAAAGACAAACCGCCACCAGAUGGAGGAUGGGGCUGGCUGUGUGCCUGCGGAGGGUUCCUCGUACAUUUCAUAUCAGCAGCUCAGCUAAAGGCAUUCGGUGUGUUUCUCCCCGUACUCACAAAAGAAUUCGGCACUAGCAACGCACUGACGGCAUGGACAAACGGAAUCGGAAACGCUGUCUUUUUCAUGUUGACGCCGUUGUCUACGGGUCUGUGUCACAGAUACUCCUACAGGACAGUUGCUAUACCCGGUGCAAUCAUCGCUGGAGUAGGAAUGUCACUAUCCUACUUCGCAACAGGACUGCCGUUACUUUAUCUCACUUAUGGACUAAUGUUCGGACUAGGAUCAGCGUUGAUCAUGAUCCCAUCGCAAUCGUCAGUUGCGGAUCAUUUCGAUAAGAAAAGAUCUGUAGCAAUCGGCAUCGUUCUCCUAGGAACCGGAGUAGGCACACUUGUUUGGCCGAUCCUCAUUGGUUACCUGCUAGAGGAAUUCUUGUACCAAAGAACUUUUCUCAUCUGCGGUGCGAUAACAUUUAAUCUUAUGGUCGCAGGAAGUUUAUUCAGGAAUUUUAAGAAGAGACCUCCGUUGGACUCCACUUUCAAAUCUUCUGACAACAACGUUGAAAUGACCACACCAGCUACAACACCACGCACAUGGUUCGCCAGGAUGCGAGACUCAAUUAAAAAUAGCAAACCCAUAAUAGAUAAACGCAUCUUCACAGAUUCGCGUAUAGUACACUAUUGUUUAACACUAUUUUUCGUACAAGUCGCGUACAUCUCCGUUUUUGUUCUGCUGCCCACGCGGGGUCAGGAACUAGCAGACAGUGAUGACUUCAGUGGCGCUACUCUGGUGUCAGUCAUUGGUCUUUCUGAGACCAUCUCCCGACUUCCAUGGUGCGCCAUGUGGGACAUCAGCUUCUUGCGCAAACCCACUCGCAGGCUGGCGGGUCUAACAAUAUUUGUAUUUUUUAUCGGAGUGCUUGUAAUAAUCAACCCAUUGAUGCAUAGUAUGGAGCUGCUAGUUGUAAACAGCGCCAUCUUGGGAGUAGCUACCGGGGGCUACGUACCCACGUCAUUUAUUGUACUCGUCGACCUGUCUGGUGUGGACCUCUACAAAGACGCUUUAGCCGCAAGGCUCUGGUUUGCUGGACUUGCAUCCCUCCUUGGUCCAGCAUUUUUAGGUAUGUUCCCGAC